CCCUUUAAACCACAUGUGAGGAUCUCCCUGCAUUCAUUCUCGCUAACCCUGGACUGAGCCACAGGCUGCUAGCUAGCCCUGCAAGAUGCCUCGCUCGUUCCUAGUGAAGAAACACUUCUCUACCAGCAAGAAGCCGAACUACAGCAAACUGGAAAGCCAAACAGUGUAUAUCUCACCGUUUUUAUACGACAAGUUCACCAUUCCAUUGAUACCCCAGCCGGAGAUUUUGAGCACAGGGGCGUAUUACCCACCUCUGGUUUGGGACACCGGGUUGAUUACAACAUUUUUCGCCGCCGAGCCCGACUACAAGAAUUCCCCCGUCUCCCCUUCCAGUGAAGACUCCAAGCCUCUCGACCUGACCUCCUUCUCCAGCGAAGACGACGAAGGCAAGACCUCGGAUCCCCCCAGCCCGGCUUCCUCGGCCACGGAAGCGGAGAAGUUUCAGUGCCACCAAUGCACCAAGUCGUACUCGACUUUUGCUGGACUUUCCAAACACAAGCAGCUCCACUGCGACUCGCAGAGCCGGAAAUCUUUUAGCUGCAAGUAUUGCGAGAAGGAAUAUGUUAGCCUCGGGGCCCUCAAGAUGCACAUCAGGAGCCACACGUUACCCUGCGUCUGCAAAAUCUGCGGCAAGGCGUUCUCCAGACCGUGGCUGCUGCAGGGACACAUCAGAACACAUACAGGUGAAAAACCCUUUUCCUGCACGCAUUGCAACAGAGCCUUCGCCGAUCGGUCCAACCUCAGAGCCCAUCUCCAAACCCACUCAGAUGUCAAAAAGUACCAGUGCAAGAACUGCUCUAGAACUUUCUCAAGAAUGUCUCUUCUUCACAAACACGAAGAGACCGGUUGCUCAGGAAGCCACUGAAGUCUCCAAGCACAAUGAACUCUUAUGGUCACUCCUCUUCUAGAGGAGUCCCUUUUUAAAAGCUAUUAAUUGAUUUGGGGCCUUAUUGACACUUAGAACACUUAAGAAAGCUCUACGGUGGUCGUAGAGUCGGAAUUAUGUGCCUUAUUGCAAAAUCACAGAGAUGUCCUCCACUUUUUUUUUAAAUUUUCUCU